AUGGGUCGAGCUUCGGCUCCACUCAACCGGUGUGUCCUCCUGCUCCGGGGUGAGCUGGGGCGCUCUCAAGCGCUCUCCGAACGGCAAUACCGUCCCGGGCUCUUCGGAGGCCGGACAGAUGCUCUCGUUCGGAGUCUGUGUGAUGCGCCUCGCUGGUAUCAAGAUGAUACCGAACCAGUACAGGGGUACACAAGUGGCGUCAUCGCUAUGGCGCCACAAGGAUUUUUCUCCCCCCCUCCCGCUCUCCAAGCGCGGAAAGUAAAGGAGGGCCGAGUAAAGUACUCGGCCCUCCGCUCUGCUCCUCCUGAGUCCCAGAAGGCUUAG